UAGCAGAAAAAAUAGCAACACAAUUCAAAAUGUCAACUUGAUCUGAUCUGAAACGAAAUGAUCAAAAAUUUUAAUUUUAUUUAUAUUUAUCGGAAAGUGUUUUUCCUCUGAAAAAAUGAAUGUAACUUUGAUCAGCCUAGAAGCUUUGAUAUUAAAAGCUACACACGAAUCUCUGCCAUGUCCGGAUGCUGCGGCGUUGGAGGCGUUUUGCGCGGUGAUGCGGGACUCUGCGGAGGGCCCGCAGCUGGCGGCGCAGGCCCUGGCAGCCCGCAUACACACGCCAAACGCCCGAGAAGCUCUGCUCGCCCUGUCAAUGCUAGAUCGCUGUAUGCGACGUUGCGAUGCCGGUUUUCACGCUGAAGUCGGCAAAUUUCGCUUCCUCAAUGAAAUGAUUAAGUUAGUUUCACCUAAAUAUUUUGCUGAUCGAACAUCACCUGAAGUACGGACUAGGGUACUACAGCUGCUUCACGCAUGGUCUAUCGAGUAUCCAAAGGAAACCAAAUUUAAGGUUGCAUAUGACAUGCUUAAGAAUCAGGGUGUGGUGAAGGAAACUCCUCCACCAUUACCCCCUGAAGACGUGGUACCUCCUCGGAGUAGGGCCAAGAAUGCCAUAUUUGAAGAUGAAGAAAAGUCCAAGUUGCUGCAAAAGUUAUUACAAAGCAAGAAACCAGAAGAUCUUCAACAUGCAAAUAGACUCAUCAAAACUAUGGUCAGAGAAGAAGAACGACGGAACGAGGAAAGUAGCCGUCGCGCCCAAGAAGUCGGAAACGCGUUAGACAGCGCAGAACUCCUCCGAGAACUCCUCGCUAACGCUGAAGACGCUUCUCCCGAAGAGGAGCAGCUCAUCCACGAGCUGCACGUGUCGUGCGGAGCCCUGCGGCUGGCGCUGCAACGCCUGGCCGCCUCCGAGACACAGCCGGACAGUCUCAGUGAGUGGACCGAUGACAUCCUACAUGCCAGCGAAGUUCUAGACGAUGUCUUCGAGAAAUAUGACGCAUACAGCAAGUUUAAGAAGGACAAGAAGAAAAAAACAACUUCUCAAGCAUCAAGUACUGACCAAGCUGAGACAUCUAACAGUGAUAGUUUGUUAGACUUUGCGGGUAACGUGGGUAAAGGAGAUGAUACUACAGUGAAGAGCCUGGCCUCUAGGAACACGGCUAUUGAUGAGCUGGGUGAUAUAUUUUCGACUGGAAGCGAUUCUAAUAUCGUGGAGCCGUUGAAACCUGUUAGCUUAAUGCCCAGUGAAGAUGUAGAUCUUUUAGGAGAGAAAACAAAUAAAGCGGAAGGUUGGAACGAAUUGGACUCGCUCGGCGAACAACUGAUAAAGCAGUCAUUACCCGAUCACGUUAAACGACGUGAAAACUUUAAUAGUAAAACAUCAAAGAAAAUUCCAAUGAACGCAUUAGCAUCACCCAAACACGAUCUCACACCGUCUACAAACGGUGCCCUAUUUGACCUAGACUUCUUUACCAAAAAGCCAGAGGAAACCAAACCAACUGAACUACCCAAACUGACAAACAAACCAUCUUCACCCCCCGAUGACGUCAUAGUAGACAUCACAGACGGACCCAGCACUUCUAAUGUUAAUGUUACAAAUUCGACUGAUUCCCCUAUAGACAACAUAUUGGAUUUAAGUAUAACAUUAGAUGAAGCCAAAUGUAAGAACACUUCUCCCACGGAAAGUGUCGAAUCUAAUUCUUUAGAGGAGAAGAGAGAGAAGACUAAAAGUGAAGUGAAACCGUUGACUGAUAUAGAUGUUUCAUUGGCUAACGUGACUCCGGGCAACGUGCCUCCAAUGACGAUAUUCGAAGAGGAGAAUGGACUUACAGUAGUGUUACACUUUUGUAAAGACAAGCCGAGGCCUGAUGUAAACGUUAUUGUGAUAUCGACGACAAACAAAAAUAAGAAACCUAUACUAGAUUUUAGGUUUCAAGGUGUGGUUCCUAAGUGUUGCAAAGUACGUCUACUGACGCCGUCUGGCACGUCGUUACCGCAAUACAACCCGUUCCUGCCGCCGCCGGCGCUCACACAAGUGAUGCUGAUUGCCCGGCCGGCAUCCAGGCCUCGUGUCGAUCUGCGCUUCGUCAUCUCCUAUACCUGCGACGACGACGCCUGCUCAGAGAUAGGCGACGUCACUGACCUACCCCUAGACCAUGUAUAGUACCCCAUAAGCCCCAUAUACUACUUAACUAUGUGCUGAUUCUGAUAGCUUCAUUAUCAUUUACCGCUUAUGUAAACGUGGUAUAUGCUCACGUGAUGGCAACAGUAAGAUAAUUCUUGUUCAAUUCAAACAAUAUGAAAGUGUAUUCGUAAUACGAGAAUAUUGACUGUCACGUGCCAACUGAUUCAGUAAAUAUAUAUUAUAUAUUUACUUAUUAUUACUUAUUGAUUUAAUUGAUGAAAGCAUCAGCGUUACAGUCACAUGGGCAGGUGAUAAUAUUUAAUUUUGGGACUGAGUGAGAUAUAUAUUUUAUCGUGCAAUUGAAUGUAUAAUUGUUUCUAGUCGAGAUUUUAUUAUUGAAAUGUAAUUAUGUAUGUAUCGGAAAAGCAUUUAUUUAACAUUCCAAUAUUUUGUGACUGUAUGUAAUUAUUGUCUUAUCCUUUAUACUUAUGUUGUGGAUUAUACAAAAGGUGAAAUCAUAAAAAAGUCGUUAACAUUGCGUGUACAGUGUUUACUUUGUAAAGCUGUAGUUAGCACAGUAUUAUAUUAGAAUACAUAUUUGUAUUGAAGACGUACUUAUGUUGCAAUUGUAUGUACAAUUAUUAGGAUAAUGUUUGAGUUUAUUUUCCGCGUGAACAACAAAGGACAACUACCGGUUCAAACAUAAUGACGACACCUCGAACCACUCGACCAUUUUAGAGCGUAUAUGCGUGUCAAAAGCCGCUGUGUGAAAGCGCUCUCAUAUACCUUCUUGUGCAAUAUAAUCGCCGAAUAAAUACGAUUUAUUUUAUGUUUGAAAGAUCUGAUCAAUGUUUUUUUACCUUUCGUCAGCUUAAACUAAGCUUCAAAGUGUAAUAUAGAAAACUUAAUCUUUUUUUGUGAUCGGCACUAAUAUCUUAUUUAUUAAAAGAAAUAAAACUGCAUUUAUAAAUAG